AGAGAAUUGUACAAACCUUAAAGCAAUAAUUUCUCAAAAACUUGUCAUUUCUGGUGAAGCUUCUAUCAACUAUCAAAAUGAAGACACUGUUACUCACAGUCGUAGUUGCUGCUCUUCUACUACAAACAUACCACCAAGUUGCUGCUGAUGAGGCUGAGGGCAGUGGUAUGUAUGAAGAACAACUCUUUAAAGUGGAAGGUAGUGGUGCAGAGGAGAAAAAUGAUGACACUCUGGACAGUGGGGGCAGCGAUGGUACUGAUGAUGUGAUCAGUAAUGAGGACAAGACUGGUGAAGAAGAUGACACGCCUGAAGAAGAGAAGAACAGUGGUGAUGAAGAUAAAGAUGAUGGUGAUAAUGACAGUGAUACAAGCACUGGCAGUGAGGAGGGCAAUGGUUCACCUGAGAUCACUGAGGAAAAUAAAUCCAGUACUAGUGGUAGUGGUGGCAGCGGAGGCAGCAGUGGCAGCGGAGGCAGCAGUGGCGGCAGCGGCGGCAGUGGCGGCAGUGGAGGCAGCGGAGGCAGCGGCGGCAGUGGAGGCAGCGGUGGCGGCAGUGGAGGCAGUGGAGGCAGUGGAGGCAGCGGUGGCAGUAAAGGAAGCAAUUCAACCCAUAAGCACCACCACACUAAGUGCUCGCAAGAAUGUUGGACUCCUUGGUUUGACAGAGAUGAUCCCACUGCAUCAGGAGACUGGGAGACCCUAGAAAAUCUUUACCACGAAUUCCCUGGGAUGAUCUGCCACAAGCCUCUUGCUAUUCAGGUCAACACUACAUGUGGAAAGAGUGUAUCUUCAACAGGGAACAUCAUUGCAGUGUCAGACACAAUCAAUGGAUUUGUCUGUAAAAACUCUGACCAAAUAGAGUCAGAUUGCAGAGAUUAUAUGGUGCGUUUCCGCUGCCCUCACGAGUUUUGUCAUCCCAAAGUGUGCUGGACCAAGUGGUUUAGCACAGACAAGCCCAGUGGCACUGGAGACUUGGAACUGCUGUGUGAACUGAGAGCUAAACAUCCUGGACAAAUCUGUCAACGGCCACUUCACAUUGAAAUUCAGAACAAGCUCAACGAUCCACCUGCUGUCUUCAUUGGACAAAGAUUCAACAGCCCCCCUGAAACUUGUGCUUGCCACAAAUGUGGCCAGUGUGAAAAUCGCCACAAUGAAUACAAGGUCCGCUUCGGUUGUCCAUGUAAGGUUUAGACAUUUCCCUGCAUCUACAGCCACAAACAAACAAGCAAAAAUCCUUACAGGUGAUCAGCAAAUCAGUAGCAUUUCUUCAUGAUUCUAUGAUUCUUCUUUACCCAGUUUUGUAAUAAAUAACUGACAUUUGUAUUGAAGGAGUUUUAAAUGUGUUAAUAAUCAUAUUUAACAUGUAUUUUUGGGUCAAUAAUAAACUGCAAUAAUUUAUUAAGAAUUGUUCCUAAUUUAUUUUCUGUUAAAUUAUAUUGUAAAAAACCUUUAAACAAUAAACAGAGAUCAUGAUUAUAACUUGUUAUUGAUGUUUUAUAUAUAUUUGUAUAAAAAGUGGAAUUGUGUUUAGAUAAAACUGUAAUGAAUUAUGCCACAUUUGCCCAAAAGUUCAUAAAAUUAUCUUCAUCAAUAAAGACAGUGCCAAAACCACA